CCGGCGAGUAGCUGGCGGUCCCGGGUGCUGCUGGUCUGUGCGCUCCGAGGAGGGUCCAAGCCCGCCGCUGCCGCCGAAGGAGCCCCUCGGGGUGUGCUAAGCAUUAACAAUGUCUUUCAUCUUUGAAUGGAUCUACAAUGGCUUCAGCAGCGUGCUCCAGUUCCUAGGGCUCUACAAGAAAUCUGGAAAACUUGUAUUCUUGGGUUUGGACAAUGCAGGCAAAACCACCCUUCUUCACAUGCUCAAAGAUGACAGACUGGGCCAGCAUGUUCCAACACUACAUCCAACAUCAGAAGAGCUGACGAUUGCUGGGAUGACGUUUACCACUUUUGAUCUUGGUGGACAUGAGCAAGCUCGUCGGGUUUGGAAAAAUUACCUACCUGCCAUUAAUGGGAUUGUCUUCCUGGUGGAUUGUGCAGAUCAUUCUCGCCUCAUGGAAUCCAAAGUUGAGCUGAAUGGGUUAAUGACUGAUGAAACAAUAUCCAAUGUGCCAAUCCUUAUCUUGGGAAACAAAAUCGACAGAACAGAUGCAAUCAGCGAAGAAAAACUCCGUGAGAUAUUUGGGCUUUAUGGACAGACUACAGGAAAGGGCAAUGUGACUCUGAAGGAACUGAAUGCCCGCCCCAUGGAAGUGUUCAUGUGCAGUGUGCUCAAGAGGCAAGGCUACGGCGAGGGCUUCCGCUGGCUCUCCCAGUACAUUGACUGAUGUUGGGACAGUGAAAAUAAAAGGGUUUUACUCCUCUGGACUGAUCUAUUCACAGCUUCCUCAUGAACUUUUCUAAUAGAACAAGGAAAGCUCUCCAACCAUGUCUGGCGUUGAGAAGCCAAGAGUCUCUGUCAGCUCUCAUCGCCCAGUGGUGACAUGUGCUCUUCUCCACGCUGUUGGAAGGUAACGCUGCCUACCCGCUGGUGCAGGUCAGCAUCCUGGGACUCAGAAGCUGGCAGGAUUUGCCAGGAAAAGCUGUGUGCCAUCAUGGGACACCUGAGAAGAAAAACACGUCUCACCACUGUGGUUGAUUUCAAAAGAAAGUGAUUCUAUUUUUUAAAGAAAAGCAUUGUUAAUGUAAUUGGUAUCCCUCCCAACUUUGAGUUACAAUUUACUUGGUCCAGAGUUUUCUAUUCUUUUUUUUUUUUUAAACUAGUGAAUGGCAUUUAGAUAUUUCAUGAAAUUAUGACCAGAUGCACAUUGGAGGCCAGGGCUCAGAGGGGUGAUCUUAUCCCUCCUGUUAGCAGGUCGGUAAAAGGCGCCCCCCUGAGCUCCCCAUCUGUAACUGCCUUGUAGGAGGUGGCAUCAGCUACGCAUGGAGAGCUGGAGAGAGGACAGAGCCCUGGCCUCGUGGUUGUGGCAGGUAUCCACUGUGGUCAGCUGGGUCGGUCCUCAUCACGGUGUGAGUAGCAGAAUGUUCACUGUGGAGGAGUUAAUUAUAAAGGGGUUAUUGUUAUAUUAUUUUUGCUUAUAAAGUUACAAAUUUCAGCCCGUCUUUGCUAUUGUAUUGUGAAAUUUCAUUUUUCACUAGCACCUUUCUCAUUUUCAGUUAAUAAAAAGUGACUCAUCUUGAGAGUUGAGGACAUCUGUCAUGCAGUCGUGAGCUGCAGGUGUGCCUCAGUUGCCAGCAUACAGAUGGGAGUGCGUCCUGAUAGGAAGGCCCAGGACAGAGCUGUGGUGUAGGAGGGCUCGCGAGGAUGUAAACAUCUGCUAGUUUAACACAUAAACUAGAAAGGAUGCUUUUAGUGGGUUUUCAAAUUCUACUUGCAGAAUUGGUUUCUCUCUUGGGCUGUUCAUGAGCUUUGUCUUUUUCUUACAUCUUUUUCUCCUUAUUGGCUGUUUUGUUGGUGUUUAAAGGUCAAUAUCCAUAGCUUCUCCAGAUUUUUUUCUUUCUGGUAUGAAAUAGUCCUUGCCUGUUGCAGAAAAAUAAGCCUGAGCAAACCCUGGCGAGCAAGGCCUUCUGCAGAGCUCUUCCCUGGAGCUCACAGCCCAGACAUCGGCAGUUGCCCAGCUGGAAAGCAGCAGCCCCACGAGGGCCACAAGCAUGUUUUUUAGCUAUUUUCUUAGUGCCACUUGCGAAAUUGGGUGUUUAUAAUCUUAACCAAUAUUCUACCCUGGUAAGAAAGAUGAAAGGCUUGGAGAAGACUUAGGAAGUAUCUGUUGGCUUUCCUUUUAAUGAAGAGUUUUCCUUGAAAAUGAA